AUGACCACUCCCCGAGUUCUGGUAAUUGCAGGCUCUGACAGCUCUGGUGGAGCCGGGCUCGAAGCAGACCAGAAGGUGCUUGCGGCUCAUGGCUGCUAUGGAAUGACAGCCACGACAGCCCUGACGGCUCAGAAUACGCUGGGUGUCGUGGACAUCCACAUCACGCCGCCGGCGUUUGUUGGCAAGCAGCUCGAUGCUUGUUUGAGCGACAUUGAGUGUGAUGCUGUCAAGAUCGGCAUGCUCGCCUCGGCGGAGACCGUUCAGGUGGUUACCGAAGCACUUCAACGCCACGAGGUCUCGACCAUUAUUCUCGAUCCUGUCAUGGUCUCUACCAGCGGCGCACAGCUCCUUCCAGGUGACGCGGUGAAAAACCUGCGCGAAAAGCUGCUGCCGAUGUCGACGCUGGUGACGCCCAACAUCCCCGAAGCCGCAUUGCUCCUGCGCGACGCCGAUGUCCACUACAAGUCCCCCUCGGGACUGGGUGACUUGAAGACUUUGGCCAGGUUGGUCCACAACUUGGGUCCGCAGGCCGUGCUCGUCAAGGGCGGCCACAUGCCCCUGACCAAGGACUACGUCAAAGCCACGCGCGACGAGGACAAGGCCCUCACGGUCGACGUGCUGUACGAAGGCAACGGCAACGAGUUCACGGUUAUUGAAUCGCAGUACUUGAAUUCCAAAAACACGCACGGGACGGGGUGCUCGCUGGCCAGCGCCAUCGCGGCCAACAUGGCGCUGCAAAAGUCCAAAUCACAACAGCCCUUGUCCCUAGCCACCGCCACAAGACUCGCGGUGCACUAUGUCAACACCGGUAUAAAGACGGCUGACUGGUCGAUAGGCAACGGGUCGGGCCCCAUCAACCACUUCCACAGCCUGCAAAUCCUACCGUUUUCCCCGGGCCACUUCAUCGACACAUACCUCCUGACGCACCCCUCGGUAACUCGCGUCUGGGAAUCGUUCACGCACCACCCCUUCGCCACGGCCAUGGCGCGCGGCACCCUCCCGCCCAACCUGUUCAAGAACUACCUGGUCCAGGACUACCUGUACCUCACGCACUUCGCGCGCACGCACGCCCUCGCCGCCUACAAAUCCACCACCAUAUCCUCCAUCGCCGCCAGCGCCCAGAUCAUCCUGCACAUCCAGCGCGAGAUGGAGCUGCACCUGUCGUACUGCGCCGAGUUCGGCAUCUCGCGCGCCUCCAUCGAGAAGUCAAAGGAGUCCCCCGCCUGCGUGGCCUACAGCCGCUACUGCCUCGACGUCGGCGCCAGUCAGGACUGGUUGGCACUGCAAAUGUCCCUCGCCCCCUGUCUGAUCGGCUACGGCGUCACCGCCCAGCGCUUGUUCGGGGAGAAAGAGAGCGUCCACGGUGACCAGGGGAAUCGGUAUUGGAGGUGGGUCGAGAACUAUGUCGCCGAGGAUUAUCAGGAGGCUGUGAGGGUUGGGAGAGAACUCAUCGAGGCAAACAUCGUCAAACAAUCGCCCUCGCGAAUCGAAGAGCUGAUCGCCAUCUUCGUCCGGUCCGCCGAGAUGGAAGUCCGCUUUUGGGAUUUUGACGCACACCCUGACGAGGAACAGACGGCCUCUUGA